UUCCAUUUGUUUCCAUGGUGUAUUCUCACUCUCACUCUCAAUCCCAGUCCCCAAUCAUAUUCCUUCAUUCUUUUUCCUCAUAUUCUCGCCGGAAAAUGGACCACUCUUGGCGAGUGCGUUUUGGGAUUCCCCGGUUCCGUUCCCGGAGAUCGGAAGAUGAAACCCUUACCAAACCCACAUGUUCCCGCGCCGGAACUUUCCACGCCGAUGACUUCUCCGACGUCUUCGGCGGUCCACCACAGACCAUCCUCUUCCGCCAAUUCUCCGACAGGUUUGAAGGUAAAGACUCCACUUCCUUCUACGAAGAAGUAUUCCGCUCCACCGAGUUAGUUUCUCGGCCGCAGAAGGGUGGCCGGAGUUUGCCUGCCUUCAGAAUCCCCGUUAAGGAGGAUAGAUUCUACCGCGAUGUUUUUGGAUCGGAAGACGGCCGACGGUCGAGAGAUAGGUCGGAACCGAGCUCCAAGGAAUUCACCAGAUCGAACUCGUCUUCCGACUACAGUCCUCUCCGGCCGGUCAUCGCUGAUGACGUGGCAUUCCCUUCGUCGUCUUCAAAUCACAGGCCAAGCAAUGUCCCAACACAAUGGAACUCAUACAGAACCAUGUUCAAGGAACAAGAAAUGCCACAGUUUCAACCUGAUCUCACCCCCCAUAUCGAUAACCGGUAUGUGGAAGAUGAAUAUGAAGAUAGUUACAGAAGCUCAGACCAUGGAUUUGGAGAGCCCAUGUCGUCCCCGGAAACUGUUAUGCUGGAACCAAAUUCAUUCCGAAGCAUCCAGAUCUGUGUGGAUGAUUUAGAAUUAAACUCCCCAUCAUCGGCUGAUUCUUCACUCUGUGAAGAUCCAGUUUAUGGUGGAAUUUAUUGUAAUGUUUUACCAGAAGAUGAUGAUGACGACGAAGAUGCUAUGAGCUCUUAUGUCAUUGAGAUAACUUCCAUCAACAGAGAAGAAUAUAGAGAAGAAGUUUCCAUCGAUGAAGCGAUUGCUUGGGCUAAAUCGAAGUAUCAAAGUGCAUCUGAGACAGAUUUGAGUGUUAGACAGCAAGAAAGUGAGCAAUCUGGGGAAGAAGAAGGAAGACCUGUUGCAUUUGAAUAUUCAGAUCAGCAGUCGAAUGGAAAUGGAUUGUCGCAGACUGCAGAGACACAACAGAGAGAUGUAAAAGUUGAAGAAGAAAAGCCGCAGGUGGACAACGAUAGAGAAUUGGAAGGAUUAGAUGAAAAAAUAAAGUUAUGGUCAGCUGGCAAGGAAACCAACAUCCGCCUGCUACUUUCUACACUUCAUUAUAUAUUGUGGUCAAGUAGUGGUUGGUCUCCAAUAUCCUUGACAAACCUGAUAGGAGGCUCACAAGUGAAGAAGGCUUAUCAAAAAGCAAGAUUAUGUCUCCACCCAGACAAGCUGCAGCAAAGAGGAGCGACGACGCUACAGAAAUAUGUUGCAGAUAAGGCUUUUACUAUCCUUCAGGAAGCGUGGUCUGUAUAUAUAUCCCAAGAUGCCUUCCUCAAUUAGAGCCUAAUUUGGGAUCUUUUGAGAAGUCAUUUUGAGUGUGAAGCUCAAGAAAGUAGCAAGCAAGUCUGGAACAUCCACAAGCUGAUACCCAUUUUUGCAUUAAGAAUUUGAAAGUAGACCUGAUUAGAUAUUAAGAAAGUUGUGUAUAAAACAGAAAUCAGGUCAACUACAGCCUGUAUGUAAGAUAUGUCUACUUAUUGUAGUUCGUGUAGACUCAUAUUUCGUCGUGCAGCUACGUUCUAAAUAUAAUCGCAGAACACUUGUGCUUUGCAUAUGUACAAACACAUUUGGAUAGAUUUAUAUACAUAUUUAUACACGUUCAGACCCAA